AUGCAGCGGCACGUGAAGGUCUACGCCCGUCUACGGCCCCCGAUCAGUGCUGAUGAGAUCACUAACCCACAGUGCCUUUUCUCCCAGGACUGCACAGUCGUUGUGCGUCCUCCAUUUGCAAACAUCCGCUCGUUUACCCUGGACGGCGUUUAUGGGCCGAAUGUCACCAGCGUAGACGUGCAUGACUCUUCACUGGGACCGCUGGUCGCUGACUUUCUUGAUGGCUAUUCAUGCACAUGCUUUGUGUACGGCCAGACGGGGUCCGGCAAGACACACACCAUGGGGUUCGAAGCCGACACUCCUGCUUUGUCAGAGGACAGGGCCAGCCUGAAAGAGGAGGGUGUUUGCGGCAUCUUCUUCAAUAGGCUCUUUCACAAGCUACAGUAUGGUCCCCAGAAGCACAACUUUGCCACCUCGCAGCUGCUGCUUUCGAUGGUGCAGAUUUAUAAUGAUGAAUUGGAAGACUUGCUACUUCCUCGCAGGAGGAUUAGUCUUCGUGAAGCAGGAGGGUUCUUUUACAUAUCAAAUGCUACGUGUGUUUCAGUUUCCACAGCUGCCGAUGCUAUGGCAGUUGUUAGAGUGGGGCUGCAAAACAGGACAACCGCGCCUACAAUGAUGAACAAGUCAUCCUCGCGAUCGCACACAGUUCUCUGCGUCGCACUCUGUAAGCGCGCCCUAGGAGAUAAGCAAUCUUCUCAGCUGUUCAUUACUAGCGCAGAAUACUUGAAAAACACCACUGAAGAAUUCUCUGGAACUACUCAAGGGGCCUGUUACAGGGCUCCAAGAGCAAAUAGUGCAGCUCCAGCUUUAGCCAAAGAGCGAAGGAAGUCUAACAUACCACGGCUAGAAAAACAGAACAGUGCGAUAUUACGUCCUUUGGACGAGCUACACGUCUCUACAAGCACAACCAGGAGUUUCCAAACAUAUGCUAAGACACUGGCAAGGACACAGUUUGAUGCGCCUGCCUUCGAAGCAAUCUUUUACCUCUGUGAUCUAGCGGGUAGCGAACGAGUUAAGGCGAGCAAAUCAGACGGGGUUCGGCUCUCUGAGGCCACCCAUAUUAACCAGUCCCUCUCUGCUCUCGGCAACGUUGUAAGUGCACUGUCAAAGCAAGCUUUAGGAAAGAAGAUAUCCCAUGUACCGUACAGAGACUCACUGCUGACGAAGCUUCUAAAGCCCUCUUUGGCUGGUGAAAGCAGGAUGGUAGCGAUAGUAACAUUAUCUCCAGACCUAGCAUCUCUACCAGAGACCUUGUCAACGCUUGCGUUUGCAGAGCGGUGCAAGAGCCUUCCAGACCGGAGCAGGCCUAAAAGCUUUGCCACGGACAUAGAGUCUGUGUCUGGCUGUGACUCUUCAAUGGAGGUCAAUAGCCGUGCCAUCGCGGAAGCAUAUUUGUCCUCGAUUGGCAUAUCUCUGACUAAGCUUGAAAAGCAUUUGCCAGAUGUUUUACUUCUCCUAAACAAAGACAGUUCCUCUCAGGAGUCUCACGAGACGAUAGCCAUCUUGGCUGGCGAGAAUGCACGGCUCCGGGCGUGCAUUGGAUCCCUCGUGGAGCCGUCUGCGUUGCCAAAAGCCCAUGCACCAGAUACCAGAAAAUCAAGCGCCUCUGGGAAUUCUCGCACUAAAUGCUCAACUCACGUCGAGGAAUCCCUUUACUCUUUACUCGUCAAUCAAUGUUUUUAUAUAGAUAACCUUUACCAGCAAGUCACUGCAUCACUCCUUCACACGCGGACAGGGUUGGUCCUACAGCAGAUUGCUGCAUCAUACGCAAAGCUUUGCAUCCACACGAGUGAAGAGGAAAGAAAAAGUAUGUUAGUCAUUGACUCAAAGUCUAACAAAGGACAGAUACCAGAGGAUAGAUUUGUAGAGGCUGUAAUGAAAUCAGAAUUGCUAUGCGAGAGCAUGCAAAUGCUAUACGAUCAAGGUAAUGAUGCCACUCAUCUUCUUCUGGAUAAGAUAUUAGUUGCACAUGCUGACAGGCUCCACAGAGAGUGGACCUCCUUGGCAAAAAGGACGAUAGUCCCGCCGUUUUCUUACUUUCGGGACCCAGAAAGGCUGGUUAAAUUCACGACCGAGCUAUUUGAUGUCGCAUCAAAAGAGCUAGAUCGUAUGGAAAGGAUAUUCGCCGGAAAACAAGCAGAAAUAGACUUUGUGACAGCUUAUGCCAACAUGGCUCUUGUGCAAAGGAAGAAGACCACACUCAGGACCAGUUCCAGGCCAACACAGAGUAGCACGUCUGAAGGCAUAGAUACCUCGGUUAUCAGCACAUCUUAUCCUCUGUCUCCUCCAUCCUCCCCAAGCUUCCAGGGAGCAGCGUCCUUAUCUUGGCUGGCUGACCUACCACCCAGACCAGACAGCACAGGCUCAAAUAGUGCCUUUUAG